CUGCCGCCGGGGCUCAGAGCUGCUGCGGCGUUUGGGUUCUCUGUGUGGUCCCGUCCAACAUCAGCCUCGUGUGCCUCGGUGCCCUGCCGCCACCCCCAGGGCGUGGGCAGCCUCCGCAGGGACUUCAUGUCUGUGCUUUGUCCCCUGCCCUGCCCCGAUUACCUGAGAUCAGCCGAGAUGACCGAAGUGAUGAUGAGCAGCCCGGCUAUGGAUGAGAUCGGACUCAGCCCCCGUAAGGACGGGCUCUCGUAUCAAAUUUUCCCUGAUCCCUCUGACUUUGACUGUUACUGCAAGCUGAAGGACCGCCUCCCCUCAAUCGUGGUGGAGCCAACGGAGGGUGAUGUGGAGAGCGGGGAGCUGAGAUGGCCGCCUGAGGAGUUCCUGGUCCAGGAGGAGGAAGAGGAGGAAAGCUGUGAAGAUGCAAAGGAGGACAACAAGGAGCAAUAAAUGGCAUCUGGGGAGAGGCAAGGGACUGCACCCUUCUGAAGGAAGAGCCACACCUUUUUUGAAAGUCUUUUUAAAGAGAAAGGACAAGUUCAACUUUGCACCUGCAAGAUUUUAGUUUUUUUGUAUUCUCUGUAUUGAGAACUGAAGCCCUUGGUGUCACCAGACCUUCUGAGGGAGGAAGGAAGUAACGCAGAGAAAUGUUUGCUGUUCUCGAGAUCACUAUCUGUAUUUUUCUGAGGUGGAGGCAGCAGUGAAGUUCCAAGCACGUGAUGGAGGGUGACCACCUGAGGGAUGCUGGAGGGGGGAGCUUGGGGAUGGGGAAUGCAGAGGGAAGCCAAGCAGAGCAGUGUUCAGCUGGGAGCUGCCUCUGACCAGGAGCCUGAGAACAGAGAGGUCAUCUCAGAUUUGCUUUUCCUAAAGCUUCCAUUUUCUGUGUCUGGAGGUGGAAGGGUCUGUAGCAAAGCAUCACGAAACGCUCUAGUGCUGAGGGACCUGUAGCUUUCCCCAGUUCAGCACCUCCUAGGGUUAAGUGAGCAUCCUUAGGAGUAGUGGGCUUCUUGCUCUUGCUCUUGAGCCUGUACCAGUCACUUUCCCAAAGCUGUCUUUUCACCCUCUGUUUGCCUUUAGACCUUUCAAUGCUGAACAGCUGUAUUUGCAGGGUAAUGUUAGGCUGCUGCUUGUCAUCUCUACUGCUGCAAGGCCCUAGCUGAUCUUGCAGGCGGUUAGCUUGAGGUAGUGCAAAUUUGAUGUAAAAGACAUCCGUUUGCAGCAUGAACUAAUGUAGAUUUGAACAUGUGGAUUUUUCUCUCCUAUUUGCCAAGGCUUCUGUGGUUGGUUUUGUCUUGUUCCAGUGCCCAAAGCCGAAGGAUAUGGAUUGCACCUACUUGCCUCAAUGUCUUUGAGGCUGUAGGGUUUCAUAUCUCAACUUUCUGGCCAGUGGGCUUGAGAGGGUUGGGGACAGGCUUAGCUGCUCCUGCAGGGACCUGCAGAAGGGGAAUGCUGCCAGACUGGAGGUAAUACAAAGACUAAACACCAGACAGUGUGGAUUAUCAGUGAGGAGGUGGAGGGGAGCUCUCUAGGGAGUGUUAGCCUGAGCAUCCUGAGACAAGAUGUCUGUUUUGUGGCAAGGAUGAAAUAGCUGUUCGUGGGUGUUUAAUGGAGUGCAGACUGUUCUAUGAAGUCUGUGUUUGGGUCCUUCUCACCAUAUCGUGCUCCAGUGAGGAGCAGUCUGUCUCUGUUUGGGUAGGAGGGAAGUCUGCUGCCACGUGGGGUAACUCACCAUUUUCCUGGGUGAUGCUCUUGUGGCUUAGUGGGCCAGCUCAGGGAGCCAGUUGCUCUUGGAAUAGGAUGAGAACAGUUACUACCUAAACCAAAUCCGGGGUCACAGAAGAGUAAAAGAAAUGUCAAGGCCUUAACCAAACUUUCAUAAUAAUCCCAAUGCCACCCUCGUUUGCUUGUAACAGGUUCCAUUUUUAAGAUCUAUUUGAACAUGUGUAUUUGUAUUUUUAAUACCUCAUGAGUAGUUGAACGCUGGCAGGGGUCGGGAACUGCUUUUAACAUAUUAGCAGGAUCAUUUUAGUCUCGUCUUGCUUGUGUUUUAAACAUAAUGGCAAUAACUUUUCAGCUCUACGUAACUGUUUAAGGCAGAUGGGAGUUUGGAGGUGAGCUUGUGUGAAGCAGGAGAAAUUCAGUGUUCCCACACUGCGGCUGGUUUCCAGCCUUGCAGGCCUGGUUAUAUUCUCCCUGCCUGUCUGGGUGGAUGGUUUAUCACUUAAUGGUCAUCAUGUAGUGAUACUGCUUUCUCUGAUGGGUUCGGCUGUUGUAUCUGUAACACUUGUUCUAAUCUUGCUGUCUUACCCGAAUGAGCUUAUACACCUGUAUACCAGCCAGUUGUCCUAUCUCUAAGUGUUACUCUCAGUCUGUACCACCAAGUCAAAGCUGUAUAUCAAAGAUACUAUCAUCUGGCAGCAAUGAGAUGGCAAUCCAUGGACUCAAGACCUGCUGUCUGCCCUAAAGACUCGUGUAUUUCUGUCUGCAUCCUUUUGUGGAAGUAUCGUGUAUAUUUCUAUUUGUUGAACGCAUCUAAAGAACAAAGCACUCCAGUAAAACUACUCCUGUUGUAGGAUAUACAUUCUCUAUUUCUGUAAUUCUUUUUGAGCCUCAGGGAGAAGCUAGCAUUUUUUUCAAACUACAUUUUUGUCACUGUGACAGUUGUAAAUAAAGUUUGAAAAUGCUUUCCAAACA